CACUAUGCCUCAGAAAGCCAUCAUCGUCACCUCCCCCAAGCAGGGCGGCCUUGUCACCGACCGCGCCAUCCCCACCCUCCGCGAUGACUACAUCCUCGUCAAGACGGUCAGCGUGGCCCUAAAUCCCACAGACUGGAAACACAUCGCCUUCCUGGCGCCCGAGGGCUCCCUGAUCGGGUGCGACUACGCGGGUAUCGUCGAAGAAGUCGGCAAGAACGUCAAGAAGCCCUUCAAGAAGGGCGACCGGAUCACCGGGUUCGCCCACGGCGGAAACGCCGUGCAGCACGAAGACGGCACCUUCGCCGAGUACAUCGUGGUGAAGGGCGACAUCCAGAUCCGGAUCCCGGACAACCUCAGCUUCCAGGAAGCCGCAACCCUAGGCGUGGGCAUCAGCACCGUCGGCCAGGGACUCUACCAGAGUCUGAAGCUUGCUCUCCCCACCCAGCCCACCAAGGAAGCCACCCCCAUCCUCAUCUACGGCGGUUCCACCGCAACCGGUGCGCUGGCUGUUCAAUUCGCCAAACUCUCCGGCUACACCGUCCUGGCCACCUGCUCCCCCCACAACUUCGACAUGGUCAAGAGUCUCGGCGCCGACGCCGUCUUCGACUACAAGGACCCCAAGUCUGUCGACGAGAUCCGCAAGUACACCAACAACAACCUGAAGCUGGUGUUCGACACGAUCUCCGUGGAAGCGAGUACCAAGUACUGCGACUCGGUGAUCUCGGACGAGGGAGGCGACUACAGCGCGCUGUUGGCCGUGGGUAUCGAGCGCGCGAAUGUCAACGACCGCUGGACUCUGGGUUACACUAUCGUUGGCGAGGAGUUCGUGUUCGGCAGCACCCCCUUCCCCGCGAAGCCCGAGGACAAGGAGUUCGCGGAGAAGUUCUGGGCUAUCUCUGAGAAGCUCCUGGCGGAGGGCAAGAUCAAGGUUCACCGGCCCAGUGUUCGUCCGGGGGGGUUGAAGGGCGUUUUGGAGGGGCUGGAGCUUCUCAAGGCCAAUAAGGUUAGCGGCGAGAAGCUGGUGUACAAUGUUUCCGAGACUCCUUGA